GGAGCCGCGCCGCGGCUCCGCGGCGCCCCCUCCGCGGGCCCCCCCGGGCGGCGAUGGCCGGGCCGGGCGGCGGGGCCUUCAGCGUCACGGUGGUGCCCGAGGGUGGCGGCGAGCCGUCCAGGUGCUUCCAGCUUUCGCCCGGCGAGGACCGCGUGAUCAGGAUAGGGCGGGGCAAGGAGAACGACGUCGCCGUCGAGCUGAAGGGGGUCUCCUGGGUCCACGCCGAGCUGAGGCCCAGGGCCGCGAACGCGGAGGGCGGCGCGAAAGACGCGCGCCUCCUCGUGCGGGACCUCUCCACCAACGGCACGGGCAUGAGAGCUCCUGGGGCGACCCUGACACGGCUCGUGAAGGACGCGGACACCCCGCUUCCCGACGGCUCCACGCUGAUCCUGCCGCUGAAGGUGAAAGCGGGCGCCGCAGACGGCGCCAAGGAUAUGCGGGCGAGCCUCCUGGUCCUCGGGUUGGAGCAGGGGAAGGGCGAGGAGGGUGAAGCGUGGGGGCAGGUUCGGGGGUUUAUGUUAAUAUGGCUUGCGUACGCCAUUCCGCCGAUUCCCAGACGAAGUGAUGAGCCCAGGGAAGUUGCUAAGAGGUUGCGAGCUUGCGCGCGCGAUUGCCACGUCACGGGCAUGCUCUGGGACUGA